AUGGCUCGCGAGUUCACCCCGGACAGCGAGUUUGCUGCCCUGGAGACACCGCGCGUCCCCAAUAAGCUUCAAUCCCUCACUGCAUUGGGGCGCUUCGAGUUCGAAGCUGGGAAGGGCAACGAAGGCACCAAGAUCUUGAUGGUGGAAUGGGAGGAUGACGACCUUUCUAGAUCGAGUACAGGCUCAUGGCAGGUUUCGUGGGAUGGGAAGCAAACCGUCCUACCAGCCCAUGACCAGGCAACCGAUCAGAUCCGCCGUUGCUACUUCAUGCUGCCGCCGCAUGCCACCAUCCCACCAACAGUCACACUCACCUAUGAGCCGCCACCGAGCUCGGCCUCAACAGUGAAGAAAAGCGAGUCCAUCCAGAUCCAUCCAUUGCCGGCCAUUUACCCCCCAGAGCUUGGAGCUACCGCGCGAACGGCGGGGAAAAAAGGGGUGUUGCAUACGAUAUGGGCUAAAAAACGCCUGCAGGUGUUGGAGAAGGAGAUUAAAGAGGAGUCUCAGUAUAACGCCGAGGGGAUCGCAUUGCAUAUGGCAAUAGAGGAGAAAGAGUGGAUAGAAGCCAACUUUGGGGUUGUUGUGAAGGGCUUGCCUCCGCUAGUGACGACAAAUGUUUUAUCUAAUCUGAAUGCGCCGCCGCUCAGUCCCACGACUCCUGUGUCGCCAACGGGCGGGAAUCGACUGGCCGAGAAGCUAAAGGGACUGCGACUGGGGACCAGUGAAAAAGAUCUAACCCGCAAACCCAUGGGCAACUCGGGUUCUGAUCCACAAUUGCAUCCUCUCUCCCCCGAUGAGCCUGACAUGGCAAUAUCCUCUUUCAGCUCAUUCCACACUGGCAAUACCCCCGUCAAUGCGUCUACUCCGUCCCUGCAAACACUGCAACAGCCCCAGCCAUCAAAUAUAUCAAGCCAGCCACAGACCCACCCGAUAGGCAGGCAACCGGUAGCCCAUGCUCCUCCAGAUUUCAUUCGUCGACAACAAGAGCAGGAUUCUGGGUUUGCCUCCUUGAAUAUGCAGCCUAUUGGAGACAAUGGUGUAUUGAACGAGGUCAAUACCGCCAGCGCUGCGGAUGUUCAGGACGGGUUGUUUGCUAAGGCGCUUAGCCCUCGGUCCCCUGAUAUCCCCAAAAGCCCUUUCUCGUUCUCCACGGAGGAGACACUGCCCUACGCUAAGCAGCUGAACGCUUGA